AGGGUCGCGGCGGCCGGUCCAACCAAUCGUGCCAUUCGUGCUGCGGCGGAGUCUGCUACUGGGCGGCGCAGACGAGAGCCAGCGAGCGAGGGAUCGAGCGAUGGCGGCGGCGGCGCUGCGGGGGAUCGGCGCGAAGCUAUCGGCGAACCCGGAGAAGGUGACGAGCGCGCUGCUGCUGGGCUCGUUCGUGGCGCUGGCGUUCCGGUCGUCGGAGCAGCAGGGCGAGAUCGACGAGCUGGAGGCCCGCAAGUCCUCCCUCCGCGCCGCCAACUCCGCCAUGUCCUCCACCAUGUGGGCCUGGAGGGAGGAGCUGGUCAAGCUCGCCGCCAUGCCCUCCCCGCCCAUCACCGCCGCCCGCCUCCGCCACAUCUACGGCGAGGAGGACCUCGCCGUCCCGGCGCCCAAGCCGUCAGGCCCUGAUGCCGAGGAGGAACAUGUUCCCCUAAAAAUAACAUGAACUCUUCCCCAAUGCUUGUUGUCAAAUUGCAGAACUGGUCCAGAUUAGCUUUGCACUGAGUUGCAAACAUGGUUUCCGUCGACCUAACAUAAAGAACAUUGUCUCCUCGUGGCGCUGUUUUAUGCAGCUAAUGGACAGCGCUGAGAAAGUCUUGUGUAGAAGCUCAUGUGUUGUUGUCCUUGCACUUGAUAUUUCUUACCUGGAUGUCUUCACACACAAACAACUAUGAGAUGUAUA